AUGAAGCUUUGGCAUAUUAUCUACGCCUGUGCCGUGGCAAGACGAGUUUCUAGAGAAGAGGGGGUUGAAGGAGAGCCAGCAGAUAUUCCCGACGAUGAUGUUGCUGAGGGAGUUCUUGACUCUGCUCUUAGUGAUGAAGAUAGCUACGAUAUGUCCGAUUAUUAUGAAGAAUACGAGGGCAGUGGCACUUGGUUUGAUACCUUCAAGGGUGUGGGAAGCAAAUUCAUGAACAUCUUCGGAAAUGACGAUGUGGACGAUUUCGAGUACGAAGGAUCCGCCAUUGUUGAAGAUUGGUGGAAUACGUUCAACAACGAAGAUUACGACAAAAGUCUUUACGAAGACGAGGAAGAUGCUAAAUACGAAAGGGUUACGGCUUACCCCUUCCCGCAUUUGAACGAGCAAGGUCAUGCGAAUAUGGCUGAUUACAGAUACAGGGACACGCUUGAUGAGUACUUUGAUAUCUUCGUCAUUGUCCUUAGCGGGUCGAUUUUAUUCCUCCUCGCGUGCGCGGGAUAUUCGAGAGUACGAAACGUCAAAUAUCUCAAAGAAAAAUACGGCAACACUCAAGACGAAGGCGAAUCUGAUGGUCUACUGACAUCAAAGAAUUAA